AUGUUUGAAGAUAAUAACUUUGUGUACAUGAUAGAGCCGCUGGAGCUGAUUCAUGAAGAGAAAAACACAGGUCGACCACAUAUAAUCCAGAAAACCUUGGCGGGACAAUAUUCUAAGCAAGUGAAGAAUCUCACUAUGGAAGGCAGUGAGCAGUGGCCAUUGCUGUCUGAAUUACAGUGGUUGAAAAGAAGGAAGAGAGCAGUGAAUCCAUCUCGUGGUGUAUUUGAAGAAAUGAAGUAUUUGGAACUUAUGAUUGUUAAUGAUCACAAGACGUAUAAGAAGCAUCGCUCUUCUCAUGCACAUACCAACAACUUUGCAAAGUCUGUGGUCAACCUUGUGGAUUCUAUUUACAAGGAGCAGCUCAACACCAGGGUUGUCCUGGUGGCUGUCGAGACCUGGACUGAGAAGGAUCAUAUUGACAUCACUACCAAUCCUGUGCAGAUGCUCCAUGAAUUCUCCAAAUACCGGCAGCGUAUCAAGCAGCACGCUGAUGCUGUGCACCUCAUCUCGCGGGUGACAUUCCACUAUAAGAGAAGCAGUCUGAGUUACUUCGGAGGUGUCUGUUCUCGCACAAGAGGAGUUGGUGUGAAUGAGUAUGGUCUUCCAAUGGCAGUGGCACAAGUAUUAUCGCAGAGCCUGGCUCAAAACCUUGGAAUCCAAUGGGAACCUUCUAGCAGAAAGCCAAAAUGUGACUGCACAGAAUCCUGGGGUGGCUGCAUCAUGGAGGAAACAGGGGUAUCCCAUUCCCGAAAAUUCUCAAAGUGCAGCAUUUUGGAGUAUAGAGAUUUUUUACAAAGAGGGGGUGGAGCCUGCCUUUUCAACAGGCCAACAAAGCUCUUUGAGCCCACAGAAUGUGGCAAUGGAUAUGUGGAAGCUGGGGAGGAGUGUGAUUGUGGCUUCCAUGUGGAAUGUUACGGACUGUGCUGUAAGAAAUGCUCUCUCUCCAACGGGGCUCACUGCAGCGACGGGCCCUGCUGUAACAACACCUCCUGUCUUUUUCAACCACGAGGGUAUGAGUGUCGGGAUGCUGUGAACGGGUGUGAUAUUACUGAAUAUUGUACUGGAGACUCUGGCCAGUGCCCACCAAAUCUUCAUAAGCAAGAUGGAUAUGCAUGCAAUCAAAAUCAGGGUCGCUGCUACAACGGCGAGUGCAAGACUAGGGACAACCAGUGUCAGUACAUCUGGGGAACAAAGGCCGCGGGGUCUGACAAGUUCUGCUAUGAAAAGCUAAAUACCGAAGGCACCGAGAAGGGAAACUGCGGGAAGGACGGAGACCGGUGGAUCCAGUGCAGCAAACAUGAUGUAUUCUGUGGAUUUUUACUCUGCACCAAUCUUACUCGAGCGCCACGUAUUGGUCAACUUCAGGGUGAGAUCAUCCCAACUUCCUUCUACCAUCAAGGCCGGGUGAUAGACUGCAGUGGUGCUCAUGUAGUUUUAGAUGAUGAUACAGAUGUGGGCUAUGUAGAAGAUGGAACGCCAUGUGGUCCGUCCAUGAUGUGUUUAGAUCGGAAGUGCCUACAGAUUCAAGCCCUAAACAUGAGCAGCUGCCCACUCGAUUCCAAGGGUAAAGUCUGUUCAGGCCACGGGGUGUGUAGCAAUGAAGCCACCUGCAUCUGUGAUUUCACCUGGGCAGGGACAGAUUGCAGUAUCCGGGAUCCAGUUAGGAACCCUCACCCCCCCAAGGAUGAAGGACCCAAGGGUCCUAGUGCCACCAAUCUCAUAAUAGGCUCCAUCGCUGGUGCCAUCCUGGUAGCAGCUAUUGUCCUUGGGGGCACAGGCUGGGGAUUUAAAAAUGUCAAGAAGAGGCGGUUCGAUCCUACCCAGCAAGGCGCCAUCUGAACCACAGCGGCACUGGAUGAGCACCGCCUUGCACUGCUGGGCUCUGGGUAUGACAUACUCGCAGCAGUGCUGCCAGAACUGUUAAGCGUGUAAACAAGAACCUUGGGUGGUAAUGACUACAGAGCUAAAGUCGGGGUGACAGGGAUGGUGUAAAAGAAAGCUAUCCCUUUUGGAAAUAAUUUCAAAGAACCCCUCCCACCACCUGUCAAUAAAGGGGAACAAAAGACCAUGUUAUAUAAAAAGAACUGUUUCAGAAUCUUUUUUUUUCUGACUAAAGGAAGAAGGAACAACAAAAAAAAAUUAAGUGCAAUAAAAGAACCAUUAAAAAAUAGCAAAUGAUUUAUUUUCCCUCAGCCUGCUGGCACUUAAUAUCUUCUAAAUGAUUUGGCAUGAUUUUUUUCUCUUUACCACCAAUGACAAACUCCAGUGGCAUGAAGAUCUAAUUUUUGAAAGGGUAAAAACUGCAUGGCAUAUAUACAACAACAAGCUAGCAAGCCAAUUCUCAGCAAAACCUGAAGUGGAGUCCCUAAGGUGAAGAUGACAGAUGAACACGCAGAAGCUGCCUGGGCCUCUUCACUUAAAUGCCUCCCUACCCCCCAUGCCCUAAGCCCCCCGCCCACCCCUUGAGCCCCCACUCCCCCGAUCGAGACCAGGCCAUGGCGGGUCUCCAUGGACCAUGCUUCCAUUGACUCCUUUUCCCUGUUGUUUUUCUCCUGGACCAAGCAUCCUUUGGAAAUGGGAGCUGGAAUUUGAACACUGAUGCUAUUGUAUAUUUCUUUUACCAAUGUAAAUAUGGAAAUAAGAGAUUUUGACACAUCAUUUUCACUUGUCUGUAUUGAAAUAUUUUUCCUGUAAAGGUUCUCUGUAAAUUUAUUUUAUCGUUCGCUCCCCAUCA